AUGGUGGCCACGCGUGCGCGGCGGCGCAACCCUGAGACGCGCUGCACCUUCAAGCUCGACGCGCUUAAGCGCGAGAUCUACGACCUGCAGUGCACGAUCGAGCGGCUCCAACGGCGCCCGCUUGGCUCGGCGCUGGCCUGGGAAGACGUCGCCAAGGCGCUGCAGGACGACAUGCUGCGGCUCGUGGGUGAGAACCGCCGGCUCCAGCGCACCCAGCGAGCGUAUGCGCGCUUCUACCACGUCGUGCAUGCCUGCGCGCAGCUCCGCAUCGACCGCGUCCCGAGCGUGGCCGAGGAGACGUGGCGUCACACGCAGCUGGUGUCGAGCGACCCGACGUCGCGGGCCCUUGGCUGCGAAUGGAUCCUCAACCAAGUGCGCUUCAAUACCCGCCGCGCCAUGAGUGCGUUCGCCUUUCCCGACGACACGAAUGUCAACGUCGUCGACGUGCACGUGCAUGUCCAAGACAACAACCGGCUGCAAAUCCACGUGGCGACGCAGCACGUCGUGGCCUACUCGCUGCGUGAAGUCGCUGACGCCUACUGGCUAGCCGAACAGUCGUUUGCGCGCCGGUUCGUCGGACAAGAUGGCGACGCGAUGGACGAGCGCAUCGAGCGGCUCUCGGACUCGAUGCAAUACAUGCACGAAGCCCUCGAUUACGGCGACUCGAGCGUCUGCUAUAACGUCCUCAGCGGCCGCUUUGAUGACGCGACGACGUCGACGUUUGUCUUGCGGACCGUCCUCCACGACGAAGUGCACCCGGCGGCACCCACGGCGUGGGUCGUCGACACCAAGCAAUGGUACGCACUUGCUUUGUGGCGAGAGCUCAUGACGCCUAGGACGGUCGCGGAUGCGCUGACGCCGCAUUUGACGCGGUGCCGGACGUACUAUGUCAUUCAGCACCCCAUUGUCGGCCCCAAGCAGACGCUCGUGACAUUGGCCGAGUUUGGCAGCGCGUUGGGCCUUGAGGAACACGACCACCGCGACCUUGCGCGCGCCGUGCAGGAGCGGUCGGCCGCCAACCACCGGCGGCAGCGCACGAGCUUUCAGACCUACUUUAAGGGUGUCUUGCAGCGUGAGCGGGCCAUGUCACUGUGA